AGGAGAAAGUGAAAAUUCCCCUAUAACUUAAAUCUAGAUAGCUACUUACACAUUUAAGUUGUGCUACAAUUACUUCUUCUUUUAAAAUUUGAAAACUUCAUUAAUCUUUGGAAAUUGAUGGAUAAUGAUACAAAUACUAUUGGAAAAAAAAAGGCAAGUUAUAUAUUGCUAAUACUUCGUAACUAAUAAGUCAAAUAUUAAGAAUUCCACUCCAAUAUUCCAUGCUCUCGUAUUAUAUCUAAAUAAUGUACUCCGUAAUUUUUACAAAAUAGAAGGAUAUUUUAGGAAAGAAACCUUUUUCGACAAAAAAGUCAUUUCCCUCUAUAUAGUACUAUAGAUUUUUGAGUUGGGCUUUAUUAAUUUGUUUGGACUUUUUAUGUUAGGAUGUACCAGGGUCCAGGCCCAUAGGCCCCUACUGAAAGUCCGCCAUUGCCUAUUAAGCGCAGUUAAGGACUUAAGGUUUUUUUUUUUUUUUUUUUGGUUUUGUUUUUUUAGUUUUUUUUAAAGUCUUUUAUAUACUCCGCAUAAGACUUUACUUUAAGUAGUUCGUACUUCGUACUUCGUUGCUCUUAGUUCGUAGUUUCGUACGGAGGUUGGUUGGAAACUUUUUUCUUUUACGCUUGUGCCUUGAAGCGGCGUUUUCCGAGUUUCUCUUCUCCAUUGACGCUGGUUUUGAGUCACUAGCAUGGCACGACCGAUGGUUGAUGUUUUCUCAGUCACCGUCUACCCCAAUUCCUGGCCAUGUGAAGUUUAUGGUGAUGUUUUCGUUUUUGAGAACAAUGAUCCAAAUACAACCCACCAGCUUUAUAAACGGAGUCUAGAGCAUGCUGAGGUUAUUUAUGAAGCCGGACAAGGCUUGUUGCUCACAGGUCUUGACAUUGUGCUGUCAAUUCGAAAACCCGUAAUAUCUAUACUUCUUAAGGAUAGGGCUCAUGAUAAUGAUGUGGUUGCCAAGGGCAAUGUUCUUCUGGACAGUACAACAGACAAUGACUAUGAACAAGGCAAGUGUUCUGUAGUUGAGGGAGAUUGUGGGCAUGUCAGGGUGAACUAUAUUGCACUAGCAUGUGCACUUGUGGCUGAAGUACAUGUUGGAUUAUGGGACUUUCCAAAACAAACUGCAACCCAAGAAGAUUCCAAGAAUAGCAUUUUGGCUUCUGGAACUAUUGUUGCUCAUCAUGCCAAAACUUAUGCACGCACAACUUGGGAUACUUGGAGUACGCUCUUGAAGGUACCAUCAAAUCAGUCUAUACCGGUUGUUUUUGAUGCAAAUGAUGAACCAAUUAUAAAUCUUACUAGAAAAUUAUUGGCUGUGCCUGCAUAUGCAUCAUUGAUAAUUGAAGCAAAUACAAUCGAGGAAGUUACAAAUAAGCAAUUUUUUGUUGGCACCGCUGAAUUUAGGGCUGCACAGGGUAGAACUCAUUCAAGUGCCUAUUAUAAUUGUGAUGAACUUCAACUACGCUUUAUUUCUUAUGAAAAUGUCUUUUUGAGUGUUAGAUGGCGUGAACCAUUUGAUUUGCAAUACCAAUACUCUCCUAAAGAAUACUUGACACCUCAGCCGUGUUUUCUGUCACAAGUUUGUGAGCCGGGAGACUGUUUGUUGGAAGUGUUUUCUGUUUUUCUUGGUCGGAAAAAUGAUGAAGAUCUGAGUAUCUCUGGCACAAUAACAGUUUCUUAUGGCACUAGAAGUCUUACUAUUUUUGAGAGAGAUGACAAUAAUCCUGAUAGAUUGGUGAAUGGUAGUAAACUGUUAUCUAUUAGUAGUCCUGGGUUUGUGGACUCCCAUGCAGAUUUUGAGAUAAGAGUGAACCUUAAGGUCUCUUAAUUAAGAACGGAAGUACAACGUUUAUCAAAUAUUCUUAUGCAGAUAGUGAGCAAGCUGAUCGUGAAUAUGAUAGGCUCAUGGGUGCUGUAAUUCUAGGUGAGCGACAUCUUGGCUAUUGUGUGGUGCAUUAUGCAAACUUUGAUCGGUCAGUAAGGAUGGAAGUGAAGUGUAUUUUGCUGUGCAAAGGUAUAGGUGUUGGUUUUGCUAAUUAUUAUGGAAGAAUUGUUGCUUGGUCUGGUAUGUUUGACUAUACGAGCGACUAUGACAAAAAGUACUUUAGAAAAGUUCUUUUUGACAAGCCUGAAGACAAUAUAGAUUUUAUUCGUAGAGUAGCUUCCAAGAAGACAGAAGGGAGCUUCCCAGUUGAACAUACACGGAAAGAAGUAGAGCUUUCUAGGUCUUAUGUUGUCAUGCCAAUCUGUUACCCCUUCUUUAUUGAUGUGGACUUAUAUGUAAGCUCACAUUUUGGCAAAGGUCCUGUUGAACACUUGCAGAAUACUUUACAAUUUCAGCUUUAUGAUAAAUCUCCCAUGAAGAUUCAAACAGAAGAUUUUGACAUCAUAAUUCACAUGGAAUCCAAAGAUGAGAGUGAUGACGAUUUGCCGCUUGGUGGACCUGACGAAAUGAGUGAGUGAUGCAUAAAUGGAUCAAGGGGAGCGUUAAUUUAUUAUAAGGCUAUUUGACGUUUGUGAAAUUGAAUAAUUCCUACUUGGUUAAAGAUCACAACACACUGACUGAGAUUUAUUUAGCAAGAUUGGGGGAGCGCAUUAGUAUGUUCAAAAGAUGAAAAUAAAAGACAACUAGUGUGUGGCUCGGACGAUGUCUUGAGUUGUUAGUUUGUAAUUAACGCUUGAUUGUUUUUGCUUAAUGUAUUGAUAAUUAUCUUCAAAAUGUAAUAUUUUGAAUAAAAAUUUGUAUUAGGAGAACCAAUAUUUGUAACAAA